AAUUAAGAAUAUCAUCAUCAUCAUCAUCAUCCGACAAGUAAUCAGAAUUCUGAUUUUGUAUUGAACAACAGCAAGUCAAAACAAAAAAAAAUGUAUAAACAAAAAAUCAUUCAAUUGUCAAAUAUUGUAUUAAUGAUUUUGAUCAUAAUCAUUAAUUUUUUAUUAUCAUCAGUUGAUGUGGUAAAAAUUUCAAAUUUAAUACCACAUUACUGUGAUCAGAAUAUGGAUACAAAAAUAUUGAAUGAUAAUCAUUAUGAAUAUCAUACAAUUGCAUUGAAUCUAACUGAACCAGAAUGGACAUCAUUUUUAAAUAUUGGUGCAAAUAUUAUACAAGGAGUAAAUGUACCUGAAAAUUAUCAAUGUCGAUUGAUUGUAUCAAGUCCAGCCGGUACCGGUCUAAUAUUAACAUUUCGUAAAGCAGCAUUGAAUGAACAUGAUGUUAUUACAUUUCGUUCGGCUAGUAAUCCUCGUCCACAAAUAUGGAAUAAUGAAACACGUGAAGGAUCCAGAUAUAAAGAGGUAGUUACAUUAGUUGAUCGUACCAAUCCAUCUGCAAUCAUUAUUGAAUAUAAACCAGAUUCAGGUGUUUCACCGUUUGAUGCUGGUUUUGAUUUAGCCAUUACACUUUAUCAAGAAAAAGAUUUAUAUUGCGAUGAAAAUUAUGAUUGUAAUAAUGGCCGUUGUAUUGAAUCAUCAUUACAAUGUGAUGGUUAUAAUAAUUGUGGUAAUGAUAUUGAUGAAUAUAAUUGUCCGGGACAGCUUAGUUGGUGGAUGAUCGGUAUACUUAUACCGAUCGCUGUUAUUGUCGUUGUAUUAGCAUUAUUCGUAUGGAUACGAAUGUCAAAAAGUUGAAUUCAAUUUGAAACCAAAAAAAAAAAAAAAAAGAUUAACAUU